AUGGAUGAGUACUUGCUCAAGAACCAACUUGAGCUCACAGCCGACGGCCAGUACGUCCGCUGGGGCAAGUAUAACAGAAAGCAGCCUCGCAACUGGCCGACCAGCCGGAAGACCUUUGACAGCAGUAUCAUCUUUCUUCUGGAUACAUUCACGACUGCUACAAGCACAGCCGGAACAUUGGCGGCUCAAAAGGCCCAAGUUGACUACCACCUCGGGAAUACGCUUGCAACGUUUAUCUUCGUGACACUAUUUCUCGUGGGUCAGAUAUUCGGAGCUAUCAUAUUUCCACCCUGGUCGGAGUCCUUUGGCCGCAAAAACCUCUACAUUAUCAGUUCUGCGGGAAGUGCGGUAUGCUGCUUGGUUAUUGGGAUGACGCAUUCGCUGGGUGCGGUGAUUCCGGCGCGUAUCAUUGCGGGAUGUCUCUCAGCGGUGCCCUACACUGUUGGGGGCGGCAGCAUUGAGGAGAUGUUCGAUUCGCGGGCCAGGAUAUGGGUGAUAUUUAUAUGGACGAUUGCGUCCAACGUCGGCUUACUGCUUGGCCCUAUCAUGAGUACAUACAUCUCUGCUCACAUGGAGUGGCGCUGGUUAUUCUACAUCUACGCCAUCAUAUUCGCCGUCCUUACCGCGCUCUUUCUUGUCAUCAAAGAAUCCCGUCCAUCCCUCCUCCUCUCCCGCGAAGUCGCGCGAAUCCGGCACGAGACCGGCAACGAGACCCUUCAGCCACUCAAUCCCGACCACACUCCGGAUUUCCGAACCUUCGUCCGCGUUUCCUUGUUCCGCCCCCUGCAGCUCUUCUUUGGCGAGCUGCUCAUCUUCAUCGUCGCCACCAUGAUUGCUUUCUCCUUUGCCCUGGUCUAUAUCUUCACCGAAGCCCUGCAGCCUAUCUACGAGUCAAUGGGCUACACCUCGGCCCAGUCGUGCCUGGCUUUCGUGGCGAUCGGAGUCGGGGUAGUCUUCAGCACCUUCACGCGCUUUCUGGAUCAUCGCAUCUUCGACGCCCGCAAGGCCGCCAAGCAGCCUGUGAAGCCCGAAGACAAACUGUACGGGCUGGUGAUUGGGGCGCCCGUCUUCGCCUUGGCGCUCUGGUGGUUUGCCUGGACGAUCCCGCCGCGCGUCACCGAUCUGCCCUGGAUCGUGCCGACCAUCGCCCUCGUCAUGAUCGGGUUUGCGCUCAACGAGUUCGACACCGUGCUAUACGGGUAUCUGUCCGACAGUUAUCUGAGCUAUGCAGCGAGCGGAACGGCAGCCAUCCAGUUCCUGAGGGCGAUGACCUCCGGGGCGUUCCCGCUGUUCACCCGGCAGAUGUUCGAUGGGCUGGGGGCCAAUGUUGCGGUUUCGGUGCUGGCGGCCCUGGCGACUGUAUUCUGUGCCGUGCCCGUGUUGUUCAUGUGCUAUGGUGAGCAGAUCCGGGCUCGGAGCCAAUUUGCGAGGUUUAGUUUGGAGAUCGAGGAGGAGCUGGGGACUACCGGGGAGGAGAGGAAGAAGUGAGAUUGUCGUGUACGGCGUGAGAAUUGGGGAAUGAAGUACAUAACCUGCUGGUGUAACGGCCGUGGUUGCGAUGCAUAAUGAUGGGAGGAGUGAUGGGUGUGGACCAAACGGUGGUUGACGGUGGCGGUAAUGUUGCUAGUAUAUGAGAUGGAC